UUGUCAAAGAAUUUGAAAAAAUGUGGCCGAGCAAAUAAUUUCAAUCAUUUCAAUUUCAUGGCGCAAAUUAUGGAAUUCCUGUUAAAUUUAUUGUUACUGCGUGGAAAGUUUCUUACCACAGCGGCGGCCGAGACACUUCAUGAAUAUAUUAAAAAAUGUAUGCAAUUUAAGCGAAAAAUUUCGACUGAAUACAACAAUGCGACCCAAAUAAUACCAUUCGAAAAUAUGUUGGAAUUUAUCAACGACAACUCGAGCAAAUAUAUUUGUGAGGGAGAUGUUGUGACGAAUGAUAUACGAUAUUUAUAUGAACAUGUGAAUAAAAUAAAGCAAGAAAGUGGGAAACAAGUUGCUUUGAAGAAUGAGCUCAUUCCACAAACAGUUGUUAAAAAAUUGGAAAAGUUAACAAAAAAUCAAAAUUUGAACACUGUUCCUGACUGGUUGCGCCGUGAACAGAACAAAAUUAACAAUGAUCUUAAGUCGCAAGAGUUUCUCUUCAAGAAUAUCAUCAAACUAGUGAAUAUCCUCGAGAAAGAUGCAGUCAUCAACUCAAACAGUGAGAAAUUGGAUAAAAUCAAGAAAAAACUCGUUGCAUGUACUGACAUUUUGUCAAACGCAGCCAGUUCUCAACAAUUUACAAGUCUUAUCAAUAAAAUCAUCGAAGAAGAGAUUACGCGUUGUAGGUUCAGACACGGUGAAAGCAAAACUAGUGCUGAAAUUAACUUAAGAGUGCCAAAGCCUGAAGGAAUUGAAGCUGCUUUGGACACGUCGCAGAAGAAUAAUGACAUCAGAAAAUUGAAGAAACAACUCGCUGAGAAGAUCGUUAAACCAAACAUAAAUAAACAGAAGAAUGAACGUUUGAGGGGGCGAAUUAUUGACAUGGAAGUGAAAACAAAUGCCCGAAAAUUACUAAAACGCGCAAAAUCUGAACCUGUUCUAAAUGAAAACAGAAAAUUUGAAACAAUCUGGAAGAAAACACAAAUAGAUAUUGAAGAAUCCAAAAAAGUGAUACAAGUCAAUGAAGAUCGAUUUAACAAAUUUGAAAAUACACUGUGGCAUACGUUAACUACUAUGAAAUUUAUGUCUCUUAAAAAUGAUUAUGCGAAUAUGUGCAAGUGUGCGUUCUAUAAUAAGAGACAAUUUGUGGCAACGGAAGCAACAAUUUCUAAAAAAGUCAAAGAAGAAGAAAAUUUCGGCAAGUUUGUUAAAGUAAGUAACUCCAUGUUUCACAUCACGGAAAAAAGAUUGUCAUUUGAGGAAGAACACCAGGAUUUUGUUACAGAAACAGGAGGAACAAAUAAGACAAGCAAAAGAAAAGAUGGAUCGUCCCAAAUAAACGAACAUAAGAUUUUGGCAAAAACAGUAAAAAAAGUAAUGAGCUACGAUCCCCAAAAAUCUGUCAAAAACGCUCCACCUGUAUUUAUACAAAACCAGAAAACGGUUUCAGACGAACAAGGCAAUAACACUGUUAUUAAUGGCAAUGAUUUAAAAAAGUUGAUCCAAAACCAUUCCCCAAAUGCCACUUUUGCAGUAAUUGUUGAAGAAAGCGACAAAAGUGUGAUCAAAUCACGAGAAAUAGUUCCCACUGUACGAGAUAACAAACAAACUAAUACAAUUAUUAGUGUUCACAGUUUUCCUAAGAAGAAAACAACAGAUAUUUUUAAAAACAUUUCUUCUUUUGAUGAGGUUACGAAAAGUGAAGCUUUAAAUCCUAUUAAAACAUCAGAUGAGGGAAAACCUAAUCCCUUAGAAAAACAUGAAGAGCAACAAAUUAUUAAAAAUAAAGAAGAAAACUUAGCAAAUGAACCCAGAAGUGUUUUAUCCGAAAAAAUAAAAAGAAAUCAACAAACAGAUAAGCACUUCGUGCAGUCGUUAAGGAAUUCUGAUUUAAAUGAAAAAAAACCAUCCAAAACACCUAAAAAUGUAAAAAUGAGGUUGAAUGUGUUCUUGAAAAGGAGAGAUUCAUUGGGAACAAAUCCGACUAAGUCGCCGUCUCCAAUAACCGUACAUUCCAGAAAUGAAGAAAAAAAGGAAUCGUUAACAAACAUUCCAAAAACUGGUAAAAAGCAAAACUUUGAAAUAACUGCAAAACUCCAAACUAUUCCCAACGAUAAUUUAAAAUUGUGCACAAUGAACGCCAUUUCAAGUACCGCAAAUAAGGAAAACAAAAAAGUCUCCAUGCACGAAUUUAAAAGUGAGGCUGACCUUAUCUAUGUGAAUAACAAGGCGUUUCAAGAACUUGAAACCACAAUCAAAACAGUUCAGAUUGUUAAAAAGUGUCCAAAAACAAAUGAAACAGCAGAAAAUGUUAGGAGGGAGAAAAAAAGUGUGUCUAGUGAAAAUCUCGCAUCGAUUUUAAAACAGCGAAACGACAUUAAGCGCGAAAUGAAAUCCGAAGCGUCUUCUAGAGGUGGUGGUGAUGAGAAAGUUAGCAAAAAUAAGCGCGAUUUACAUACGGAAGUCAAGAAGUUGCCCAGUGAAAAAGGUAAAACUUUUUUGAAAAAUUCGAAAUCAAGUCAGAAGAGUAUAAAUCUUCAAAUCAAAAAAUCGUUUGUAAAACCGUCCAAGCCAAACCCCAGUAAUUUUCAAAUGCGACGUACGACAAAAAAUGCAAUGAAAAGGCAACAAGUUAUGACGAUUUUGCCCAAGAUUGCGAGGGAUAAUCAAGAGAAAAAAAAAGCGCAAAUUCGUUUGGUUGAAACUGAGGAAAUAAAAACUGUUAAAAUGAAACAACUUACAAAAAAAGAGAGUUGCGUAGCUAAAAAAUCAAGUUUCGUGAAAUUGGCAAGAAAUUUUUCACCUAAAAAAAUGUUCCGUAAUUCGUUGGCAAGCAGAUUGUUGGAAAAAUCUCCCAACAAAAAAAUUAAUCGUACGAAUUGGGAAGAAGAGGAAGGGUGUAAGGUUGUCACAAUGGUGGAAGACUAAUUAAAUGUGUUUCAGUCUUCUUGUCUUGUAAUAGCGUGCAAGUGGAAUAAAUUGACGAAUUUUAUAAAACAAAUUAUUUAUUCUUCAUUACAAGAAC